ACUACACCAGAGGAUGAUUUCUUCGUUUUUGUGGGGACUUGUAGGACACCAGAUUAAAUGGGGGAUAUUUAAGUUAAGCUUUUUAUGUUUAGAAAUAACUUUUGAUUAAAAUGAACAAUUCGCGAAGUCAGCGACUCGCAGAUGAGGCAAGCGCUGGAAAGCCGCUAAAGAGAGGUCACAAUAUUCAACUGUCCAAAGCUCUUUCUUACAUUCUUCGACAUGGUGCAUCAAAAGAGGGGCUGCAAAUGUCUGAAGGAUUUGUCUUUGUUGAUGAGCUGUUAAAAUUACGACAGUUUAAAAGAUAUUCUGAGAAUGAAGUAAGAAAAGUUGUUGAUGAGAAUGACAAGAAGAGGUUUGCCCUGAGACUUGAUCCAGUGACAAAUAGGCUGCAAAUCAGAGCAAAUCAAGGACACACCAUCGAGGUCGAUGACCUUGAACUUAAUCCCAUCACAGAUCCCUCCAAUGCACCAGUUGUUGUGCAUGGCACCUAUCGUGAGUGUUGGGAGCUAAUAAAAGCUCAGGGUUUGUCAAGAAUGAGCAGAAAUCACAUCCAUUUUGCACCAGGAGAACCAGGGGAAGAAGGAGUCAUCAGUGGAAUGCGUUCAAGUUGUGAGAUCCUGGUGUUUAUUGACCUCAGAAAGGCACUGAGUGAUGGCUUCAAAUUUUACCGAUCAGCCAACAAUGUGAUUCUGUGUCCCGGGAAUGAACAAGGAUUUCUUCCACCUCAAUACUUUGAAAAAGUUAUGCAGACUAAACCCAAAAGACAACUACUUCUCUUUGCCAGCUGAUCAUAAAAUUUAUAAUACCUAC